GUUCACCAAGUCUAAGUCUUAUUUUAUCGAGUUAACCCUUUUCGAAAACAUAGAUUUUACUGUGCUUAUUAAGAUGCGAAAUGAGAAAUCAAUUAAUUGAGAGUGGAGCUCUACCAUUUCACAUGAGAGAAUAGAUUAAUGGCGAGCGCUUCCUUGUCUUCAUGUUCCUCUUCCUCGAUUAUCCCCUCCCCUCUACCCACCCCCACUGGCGCCUGCCUCUUCCGCCAUCGCUGUGCAGUCGCCGCCACGUCCUCUUCUUCUCUGGUUGCAUUUUCGAAGAUGAAACACUGGAAAGAAGGUGAAUACCCAGGGUUCUCUGAAGUUUCUGUUUCCCACCUAAACAACAAGAAGGGGAGGAGGACCCCUUUUAAGAAAAAAAUCGAUAGAAAGAAUGCUGGCAAUCCUUGGGUCAAUACUGUUUCUGAAGCUCUUUCUGAUUGCAUUGAUAAAAAGCAAUGGCAACAAGCCCUUCAGGUAUUUGAAAUGUUAAAGAAGCAGCCUUUUUAUCUACCAAAAGAAGGUACUUACAUGAAGCUCCUUGUUCUUCUUGGAAGAUGUGGGCAACCAGGGCAGGCUCAACAACUUUUUGAUUCAAUGAUUGAAGAUGGACUAGAGCCCACUUCAGAACUCUAUACGGCCUUGAUUGGUGCUCAUAGUAGAAGCAACUUACUUGACAAGUCAUUUGCUCUUCUUCACUCCAUGAUUGAGCUACCUCAUUGUCAACCAGAUGUUUACACCUACAGUAUAUUAAUCAAGGCAUGUGUGGAUGCCAGCCGAUUUGAUUUGGUUGAGUCCCUUUAUAAACAAAUGGAUGAUCGUUCCAUAGUUCCGAAUACUGUCACUCAGAAUAUAGUCUUGAGUGGUUAUGGUAGAGCAGGCAAGUAUGCAGAAAUGGAGAAAGUGCUUUUAGGGAUGUUAGAGAGUGCUGAUAGCAAACCUGAUGUAUGGACUAUGAACACUAUCUUGAGCAUAUUUGGCAACAAGGGGCUGAUUGAAAUGAUGGAGAGAUGGUAUGAAAAAUUCCGUAAUUUUGGAAUUGAGCCUGAAACGCGGACAUUUAAUAUCCUCAUUGGUGCUUAUGGGAAGAAAAAGAUUUAUGAUAAAAUGUCGUCUGUAAUGGAAUACAUGCGUAAACUUUCAUUUGCAUGGACAAUAUCAACAUACAAUAAUGUCAUUGAGGUGUUCUCAGAUGCAGGUGAUGCAAAGCAUAUGGAAUACACGUUUGAUAAAAUGCAUGCCGAAGGGAUGAAAGCUGACACGAAGACCUUUUGCUGUCUCAUCAGAGGAUAUGCAAAUGCAGGCCUUUUUCAUAAGGUGAUCAACACGGUCCAGUUAGCUGGGGAAUUGGAGAUCCCUGAAAACACUUCCUUGUUCAAUUCUGUUAUUUAUGCGUGCACAAAGGCCGAGGACGUAAUGGAGAUGGAGAGGGUUUUCAAGCGAAUGAAAGAUAAGCAAUGCCGACCGGAUCUCAUAACGUACUCUACUAUGAUUGAUGCAUACCAGAAAGAAGGCAUGACAGACAAAGUUAAUUAUUUGGAACAAGAAAAGCUCAUGAUGGUUGCCAUUCAGUCCAAUGACGGGCACAAUGAUGAGGAAAAGCUUGAGCUGCUGCCUACUUGAGAGCUAAGUAUGCAAUAUCUCUGAACAAUGCAUUGGAGCGACCAAACUACAUCUUUUGUUUGUUUUAUGUAGAACUUUAGAUUGCCUAGAUCAUCUAUCUGUUUUUCUGAAACUGAUAAUUGGCUACUGUCACUGAGUUUAUGAGGUUAAGAGGUGAUCCAGGCAUGACUAAAUACUUACUAGUGUCAACUGUAGAGUUAAUGAUUAAUUCUGGUGUAUUCAGAUUGAGACGAUGAUUUCGUUUUCCUUUUAUAUUAUAGAUUUCUAACUUUUUGUAUCAGAACCAUCCUUUCUCCUACUGAAAUGUUAUGUGAAUAAAAUUUGUUAUUUGAAGUUCAA